AAAAAAAAAAGAGGGCACUACUAAACAAAAUGGAAUAUUCUUAUGAUUUCUUCCCUCAAUUAAACACAUUUAUGUCAAAUCAAACACAAUUAUCAACUUAUACUCAAUGUGAAAUGCUGUCAUAUCCGAUUGAUUCCGUCUUGGAUCAUGGUCAUUCAGUCUACUGCCAGGACAAUUACACUUAUCAACAACAAAAAAGCAUUUUGGAGUCACAAGUCAACUUUUCUCCUUCCACUACAUAUCAACAGCAAUCGCUUGUAUACCCCAUCUAUAACCAACCAUACUGCCAACCUCAGCAACCGAGGAAUAACAACAUGUACUAUACAGUAGCUCCAUCUACAUCUCCUUCUCCUGUUUUCUCCGAGACAUAUCAAUCUGCAAAUGAUACGAGCCAACAUUUUCUAUUGCCAAUAGAUCAACGAAAAGCAAGCCCUCGACGUAAUUCUUUAUCGUCUUCCAUGUCUUCCCCUUCAUCAUGCUUCUCAACUCUUUCCUCUUUUACAACAGAAGAAAAACCUACUAAAGCGUCCUCUCUUUUCCGUUGUGAAUAUAUGGGCUGCACUAAAACAUUUACACGUACAUACAAUCUCAAGUCGCAUCGACGAACUCAUACAAAUGAGAAGCCUUUUGCAUGCAAACUGUGUCCUAAAGCUUUUGCAAGACAGCAUGACUGCAAUCGUCAUGAAAAACUUCAUUCAGGAUCAAAACCUCAUCCAUGCAAAUACUGUAACAAGUCGUUUGCAAGACAAGAUGCAUUAAACCGACAUUUAAAAAGAGAUAAAAGAAGCACCCAAAACAAAGGAGAAGAAGACCAUUUACAGCCUCCACCAUGCCUCUUGGCUAAAUUGAGACAGAAGCAAAUGGCAGCGUUAAAGAACAAAAAGAAGAAGAACGUUUAGUCUCACUUUCUUUUGUCUGGAUACAAGAGAGCCCUAUUAUAUAUAUAUAUAUGCAUAUACUAUCAAUUUUCAUUAGAUUAUAAUAUUCUUAUUCGUCUGUAUGUUUAUUAUUAUUGUUUUUCUAUUUCAGUGUUUAAAUAUAUUCUAUACGCAUAAACCAAUGUAUAUCUUUUUGACUGCUUCUCC